GUUAUGUCUACACAGACAUAACUUUAGAUUACUUUUUAUUUAAUGAAUAACCUGUUGCAUCUUAAAGCAAUAUCUAACAACGGGGGAAAACAGUUUUCCCGUGAACAUUUAUCCUCUUUCGAAAUUUGGCCAGUGUUUGUUUGCUUGGCUCCCCGCCGGACUGCACACAGACUGAUGUCCGUCCGUCCGUGUUUCCCACCUGCACAGCAGCAGGGAGCGCGUGUCCGCCCUAAAAUAGAUUACAAUUUCACGCUUCAUGGACGCAGACCUGUCCCACUUUGCGCUGCUUAAGUUGUCGCCUGCAGUUGCAUUUGGUCGCUUUGCAAUUAGCAAAGCUGACGAAGAUGGACUCAAAGCGAGAAAAAGACCAACAAGAUGCAGACUGUGAGAAGAUAACUGCAGUGCUGCUGAAGUCGCGCACUGGGGAAUUUGAUCUGCAGUCCAUCCUGUUCCUCAAGCUGAGGGGUCUUGGUAUUUGUGAUCUUGGAUGCAUUGGAGAAUGUGUUAAUUUGGAGAGAUUAGACCUAUCUGGAAAUAAUAUCACAAAUUUAGCUUCUCUGGCAUCUUUACGGCUUCUCUCUGUCCUCAAUAUUUCUGCAAACAGGAUUACUAAUUUAGAACCUUUACACAAUUGUGAAAAUUUACAAAACUUAAACGUUGCUGGCAACUAUAUAUCCAGUGUCGAGAACUUGCACUGCCUUGUGUCUUUGAGAAAGCUGGAAAGCUUUCGUCUUAAAGACAACACGUACAAUUACACAAACCCAGUCUGCAGAAACUCCUCAUAUAGAACUGUUGUGCUCGAGAUGUUCCCCAACAUCAAAGUGUUAGAUGGAGAACGAGUUGUGGGACGAGGGAGUGAGUUGUAUCAGUUAUGCAAGGAUAUCGAUGAUACCAUCAAAGCUGGUUCAUACAAAAAUGGACAGCUUGUCGAGCAUCCUAGUUGUAAGCCAUGGGUAGAAGAUACAUAUUGGGAUAUAAAGAGAUCCAACAAUGCCAUUAUUGAAGAAGCCUACAAACAGUUCAAUGAUGUUCUUCACGAGUGCAGACUCCUAAACAACAGAGCUUCUCAUGUAAUUUCACAAACUGAAAGAUCCAUGAGCCUAAAGAAGCAGUCAAAGCAAUACGCCAUCUGAUUCGGGCUUCUUCAAGCACGUCUCUUCCUAUAAUGUAACAGGAAUGAUGUACUGUAGCUUUUCCAAACAGUAAUUUUUUGUCUAAAUGCUUGACGGUUAAAUCUGCUGGACGCAUUUGCUCUGCAUUGCAGCGUAUGGCAUUUGCUGUAGUUGUAUGCAUCCUAUGCAUUAGUGGUAAGAAGAAAUAUCGCAAGACAUAAAAGCUUUGCCCAUGCUGAUACCCUUCAGUUUGGUUCCAAGAUGUCUUAACAUGCACAGUGUGCAUUUUGUAUGAUGCUGUAAGCUCUGCUACUUUAAGAAUUUCUAGAAAUAUUUAGCUAUUAAGACCUUUUUUUCCAUUUAGCAUUGCUGUUGUUUUUGGAAAAUGAAUCUGCCUCUUGCCCUGGUGAUGCAUUUUUGCAGAUGUGAUUGAAUGGUUGUUUUUGCUAUUUCUACUUGUUUUAUACCAUGCGAUUUAUCAUGUGUACAACCUGCUUAUAGAAAAUAUAGCAUUUAUAAACCAAAAA